UGAGAUUUCUCCGUGUGGUAUUAUAAUGCCUAUUAACAGUGAGGAAUUGAUGACUGCAGUGGAAGAGCUAUGUGCUCAAGAAAAUUUAACAGUAACUGUGAAAGAAUCUGUCAAGGGUGCUUGCAUUGCAGGAAUAUGCGCUCUAACUGGAGGUCUUCUGGGUGGGCCACCAGGUCUUGCAUGUGGGGGGAUUUUGGGUUCCAUAAUUGGAGCUGUACAAGGCCAAGGCAAAUACAAAUCCGUCGUUGACAUUAUACGUCAUGAUAUGACUCCUACCCAAAGAGAAAAAUUCAUAAGAUCAUUGGAAUUAGCAUUGAGUGAUGUGACUAUAGAAGAUGGUGUUAAACUUACUCUACUUAUACUUAAUGAACCUUCUUUGAAGCUAUUAGUGAUAAGGCAAAUAGGAAAUUUCUUAAAGAAUGAAAUGGGCAUUCAAAUGCUGCCGCUUUAGUAAAAUAGCAUAUAAUUAUAGUGUAAUGAAUGCAUCAUAUUUCUUAUAUUAGCAAUAUAAGUUGUGUAAU